AUGUACGGUUCCGGGACCGGCCCUCAGACGGGCGCCGUCACACCUAGAUCGUCGGCCUCGCUUCGUCCCCUUACAGUUUCCCACGGCUCUCUCGAGACGGUCUUUUUGAUACCCACUGGCCUUCAUUACCAUGCCUCCGAGCUCAAGACCCGUUUCACUGCCAGCUUACCUGCGCCUACCGACGAUUUGGCUCUGGACGAUGAACCAUCUUCGAUCCCGGAGCUGGUGGCUAGAUUUAUGGGCUUCAUUGCCAACGAAGUGGCCGAGGGCGAGGAUGAUGCACAGGGCUCGUAUGAAGAAGUGCUCAAGCUCAUUCUUAACGAGUUUGAGAGAGCAUUCCUCAGGGGUAACGAUGUCCACGCGCUUGUCGCGAACCUGGAGGGCAUCGAUGCCAAGAAGUUGGAGGUGAUCCGCAGCUACUUUGCUGCUAGAUCUGCCACAAACAGGGCGAUGAAGUCCCACCAGUCUGCUCUUUUCCGUGCUGCCGAUGAGGACGCUGCCCGGAUCUACAAUAUAUUCGGUGGACAAGGCAACAUUGAGGAGUACUUCGAUGAGCUCCGGGAGUUGCACACCACCUACCCAUCAUUCGUCGGCGAGCUCAUUUCCAAUGCCGCCGAGCUCCUUCAAACACUUUCCAGCCACCCCAGCGCUGAGAAGCUGUACAGCAAGGGUUUGGAUAUCACCCACUGGCUUCACCACCCCGAAUCGACACCAGAUCUGGAUUACAUGGUCUCAGCGCCUGUCAGUUUCCCGCUCAUUGGUCUCGUGCAGUUGGCCCAUUACGCUGUCACCUGCAAAGUCCUGGGCCUCCACCCCGGUAUUCUUCGGGAGAGAGUCACUGGCUCCACUGGUCACUCCCAGGGUAUCGUUUUGGCUGCCAUUACUGCGGCUUGCGACUCGUGGGAGUCCUUUGAGGAGCUUUCCAAGUCCGCCUUGACCAUUCUCUUCUGGAUUGGUGCCCGCAGUCAGCAAGCUUUCCCCAAGACGUCUAUGACCCCCACCCUGCUCCAGGAUGCCGUUGACAACGGAGAGGGUGUGCCCACCCCUAUGCUCAGUGUUCGCGAUCUGCCCCAAAGCGAGGUUCAGAAGCACAUUGACCUCACAAAUCAGUAUCUGCCAGCCGAUCAGCACAUCUCUAUUGCCCUGAUCAACAGCCCCCGAAAUGUGGUUGUUGCCGGUCCUCCAAAGUCCCUCUGCGGUCUGAAUGCUCAGCUCAGGAAGGUCAAGGCUGCCACCGGCAUUGACCAGGCCAAGAUCCCCCACACGCAAAGAAAGGUUCGCUUUGUCAACCGCUUCUUGCCUAUCACGGCUCCUUUCCACAGCAAGUACUUGGAGGAUGCCACGAGCUUGAUUGACGAGGAUCUCAAGACCGUCAAGAUCGACGCCUCGUCACUCGGCUCGGCUGUGUAUGACACCAACACUGGAAAGGACAUUCGUGACUCUGUCAAGGGCAAUGUUGUCCCGGCUUUGGUUCGCAUGAUCACCAGCGAGGUUGUCAACUGGGAGAAGGCCACCGUUUUCCCGCAAGCCACCCACAUCUUGGACUUUGGUCCGGGAGGUAUCUCAGGCCUCGGUGUUCUCACCAGCAGAAGCAAGGAUGGCACCGGUGUUCGCGUCAUCCUGGCUGGCACCGUCAGCGGGACCGUCCCCGAGGUUGGCUACAAGUCUGAGCUCUUCGACCGUGAUGAGGAGCACGCUGUCAAGUACGCUGUUGAUUGGGUAAAGGCGUAUGGGCCUCAGCUCGUCAAGACUUCCAGCGGGCGGACCUAUGUCAGCACCAAGAUGAGCAGACUGCUUGGUCUCCCGCCACUUCUGGUCGCUGGUAUGACCCCUACCACCGUCCCCUGGGACUUCGUGGCCGCCACCAUGAACGCUGGGUAUCAGAUUGAGUUGGCCGGUGGCGGUUACUACAAUGCCAAGACUAUGACCGCUGCUAUCCACAAGAUCGAGCAGGCCAUUCCUGCCGGUCGCGGUAUCACUGUCAACCUCAUUUACGUCAACCCCCGUGCUAUGGGCUGGCAAAUCCCGCUCCUUGGCAGGCUCAGAUCCGAGGGUGUUCCCAUUGAAGGUUUGACCAUCGGUGCCGGUGUUCCCUCCAUCGAGGUUGCUCAGGAGUAUAUUGAGACGCUUGGCUUGAAGCACAUCUCGUUCAAGCCAGGUUCCAGUGAGGCCAUCCAGGCCGUUAUCAACAUUGCCAAGGCCAACCCCGACUUCCCUGUCAUUCUCCAGUGGACUGGUGGCAGAGGUGGUGGUCAUCACUCGUAUGAGGAUUUCCACGCACCCAUCCUUACCAUGUACGGCCGUAUCCGCCGCCAGGAAAAUCUCAUCCUGGUUGCUGGCAGCGGUUUCGGUGGUGCUGACGAUACCUAUCCCUACCUCACCGGUGACUGGUCCACCAAGUAUGGCUACCCCCCCAUGCCAUAUGAUGGUUGCAUGUUCGGCAGCCGCAUGAUGGUUGCCAAGGAAGCGCACACGAGCAAGGCUGCCAAGCAAGCCAUCGUCGAUGCCCCAGGUCUUGAUGAUGCUGCUUGGGAGAACACUUACAAGGGAGCAGCUGGCGGUGUUAUCACUGUCAUGUCUGAAAUGGGUGAGCCCAUCCACAAGCUCGCCACCCGCGGUGUUCUCUUCUGGGCCGAGAUGGACCAGAAGAUUUUCAGCCUCCCCAAGGAGAAGCGCCUCGUCGAGCUCAAGAAACAGAAGGGCUAUAUCAUCAAGAAGCUCAACGAAGACUUCCACAAGGUGUGGUUCGGUCAGAAGAAGGACGGAACCGCUGUGGAUCUCGAGGACAUGACCUAUGGCGAGGUUGUGCGCCGCAUGGUUGCCCUCCUCUAUGUCGAGGAUGAGAAGCGCUGGAUCGACCCAUCCUAUGCCAAGCUCACGGGUGACUUCAUCCACCGUCUUGAGGAGCGCUUCACCACUUCUGCUGGCCAGCCAUCUCACUUGCAGAGCUAUGCCGACCUGGACGAGCCCUUCGCUGCCGUCGAGCGUAUCCUGUCGCACUACCCUGAUGCUGAGACCCAGCUUAUCAACGCCCAAGAUGUUCAACACUUCUUGCUCCUGUGCAAGCGUCGUGGCCAGAAGCCUGUCACUUUCGUCCCCACUCUCGACGGCGAUUUCGAGUUCUUCUUCAAGAAGGAUUCUCUCUGGCAGUCUGAGGACCUUGGUGCCGUCAUCGGCAAGGAUGUUGGCAGGACCUGCAUUCUGCAAGGUCCCAUGGCGGCUAAGCACGCCACCAAGGUUGACGAGCCCAUCAAGGAGAUUCUUGACAACAUUCACGAGGGUCACAUCAAGGGUCUCACCAAGGACCUCUACGGCGGUGAUGCUUCCAAGAUUCCCACCGUGGAGUACUUCGGUGGUGAUCUCAUUGACAAGCCACUUCCGUUGGAUAUUGACGGCCUCACCAUCGCUGUUGACGCCAGCAAGCACACCUACCGCUUGAGCUCAUCUCCGGCGACGGAACUCCCUGAUGUUGAGUCUUGGAUCAACAUGCUUGCCGGUACUGAGCGCAACUGGAGAUACGCCCUGCUUCGGUCCGAGGUCAUUGUUCAGGGGCAAAAGUACCAGACCAACCCGAUGAAGAAGAUCUUUGCUCCGGCCAGAGGCUUGUUUGUUGAGAUCACCAACCCUGAUGAUCCUGCCAAGACUGUCAUCGUGGUCAAGGAGCAGCCUCGCCAUAACCGCUAUGUCGAGGUUAUUGAGGUCAAGCUUGAUGGCAAGGAUGAGAUUGUCGUCAGCUUGAUCAAGGAUACCACUGCCCUUGGCAAGUCGGUCGCCCUGCCGCUUCGCUUCAAGUACCGCCCUGAAGCUGGGUAUGCUCCUAUUCACGAGGUUAUGGAGAACCGCAACAACCACAUCAAGGAGUUCUACUGGCGUGCAUGGUUUGGUGAUGAGAAGUUUGAUCUCGAUGCUCCUGUCACCAGCAAGUUCGACGGCGGCAAGACUGUCAUCACCAGCGAGGCCAUCAACGACUUCGUCCAUGCCGUUGGCAACACCGGCGAGGCUUUCGUCGACAGACCCGAGAAGAUCAUGUACGCCCCCAUGGACUUUGCCAUUGUCGUUGGCUGGAAGGCUAUCACCAAGCCUAUCUUCCCUCGCACCAUUGACGGUGACCUGCUCAAGCUUGUCCAUCUCUCCAAUGCCUUCCGCAUGAUGCCAGGUGCCGAGCCUCUGAAGAAGGGCGAUGAGGUCCACACCACCGCCCAGAUCAACGCCGUCAUCAACCAAGAGUCUGGAAAGAUGGUCGAAGUGUGCGGCACCAUCACACGUGAUGGCCAAGCUGUUAUGGAGGUCACUUCUCAGUUCCUGUACCGCGGUGUCUACAACGACUUCGAGAACACUUUCCAGCGCAAGGUCGAGACGCCCAUGCAGGUGCACCUCGCUAGCACCAAGGAUGUCGCCGUCCUUCGCUCCAAGCAGUGGUUUGUUCUUGACGAUGCUAGCCCUGAUAUCGAGCUCCUUGGACAGACUUUGAUCUUCCGUCUGCACAGUUUGGUCAGGUUCAAGAACAGGAACGUCUUCAGCCACGUGGAGACCCGUGGCCAGGUUCUUGUGGAGCUUCCCACCAAGGAGAUCAUUCAGGUUGCUACCGUCGACUACGAGGCCGGUGAAUCCCACGGCAACCCAGUCAUUGACUACCUCCAGCGCAACGGAUCUUCCAUCGAGCAGCCCAUCAACUUUGAGAACCCCAUUCCUCUCAGCGGCAAGACCCCUCUCCAGCUGCGCGCCCCUGCUUCCAACGAGACUUAUGCCCGCGUCUCUGGUGACUACAACCCCAUUCACGUCUCUCGCGUCUUUGCCGCUUAUGCCAACCUGCCCGGCACCAUCACACACGGCAUGUACUCCAGCGCUGCCGUCCGCAGCUUGGUUGAGACCUGGGCCGCUGAGAACAAGGUUGGUCGCGUUCGCAGCUUCCACGCUUCUCUUACUGGCAUGGUUCUUCCCCAUGACGAUCUCAAUGUCAAGCUGCAGCACGUCGGUAUGGUUGCCGGUCGCAAGAUCAUCAAGGUCGAGGCCAGCAACAAGGAGACGGAGGAGAAGGUCCUUCUCGGCGAGGCCGAGAUUGAGCAGCCUGUGACGGCUUAUGUCUUCACUGGUCAAGGUUCUCAGGAGCAAGGCAUGGGUAUGGACUUGUACAACAGCAGUCCUGUUGCCAAGGACGUUUGGGACCGUGCCGACAACUACCUCUUGGAUACUUAUGGCUUUGCCAUCUCCAACAUCGUCAAGAACAACCCCAAGGAGCUCACCAUUCACUUCGGUGGUCCCCGUGGCAAGGCCAUCCGUCAAAACUACAUGGCCAUGACCUUCGAGACAGUUGCCGCCGAUGGCUCCGUCAGAUCUGAGCGCAUUUUCAAGGAGAUCGACGAGAAGACCACAUCGUACACCUACCGUUCACCAACGGGUCUGCUUUCCGCCACCCAGUUCACACAGCCCGCCCUGACCUUGAUGGAGAAGGCAAGUUUCGAGGACAUGAAGGCCAAGGGUCUUGUGCCCAGGGAUAGCACCUUUGCUGGUCACUCUCUUGGAGAGUACUCUGCUCUGGCUGCUCUCGCAGAUGUCAUGCCCAUCGAGUCUUUGGUCUCUGUCGUCUUCUACCGCGGUCUGACCAUGCAAGUCGCUGUCGAGCGUGACGAGCAGGGUCGCUCCAACUACAGCAUGUGCGCCGUCAACCCCAGCCGCAUCAGCAAGACCUUCAACGAGGAGGCGCUCCGCUUCGUGGUCAGCAACAUUGCGGAGAGCACCGGCUGGCUCUUGGAAAUCGUCAACUUCAACAUCGCCAACAUGCAGUAUGUGUGCGCCGGUGACCUCCGUGCCCUCGACACCCUCGCUGGCGUUACCAACUACCUCAAGCACAUGAAGAUCGACAUUGAGCAGAUGCGCAAGGACUUCCAGCCCGAGAUGGUCAAGGAGAAGCUGGUGGAGAUCAUCCAGGCGUGUGCCAAGGAGACCGAAGCCAAGCCUAAGCCCCUGGAACUCGAGCGUGGGUUCGCCACCAUCCCUCUCAAGGGUAUCGACGUGCCCUUCCACUCUACUUUCUUGCGGUCUGGUGUCAAGCCCUUCAGGAGUUUCUUGCUCAAGAAGAUCAAGCAAACCACCAUCGACCCUGCCAAGCUCAUUGGCAAGUACAUCCCCAACGUGACGGCCAAGCCGUUUGAGUUGACCAAGGAGUACUUUGAGGAUGUGUACCGCCUGACCAACUCGCCCAGAAUCGGCCACAUCCUGGCCAACUGGGAGAAGUACUCUGAGGAUGGUGCCGCGGCCCUUCAAGGAGAGGCGUAA